CCCAAUACUCAACAUAAACAUGUUUGCAAGUAUGCUUAUUGUGGAUGGAGUUUCAAGCGAUAUGAACAUUUGAAAAGGCACAUGUUGGUCCAUACUGGUGAAAGACCUCAUACUUGUCCAUUUCAAGGCUGUGGGAAAUGUUUUAGCCGUUCUGACAACUUUCACGCUCAUUAUCGAACUCAUACAAAAAAACUUCAACAGCAUCGACGACCUUCUACAACUAAAUCAUCAAAGAAACAAAAAUCACCUCAAAAUGAUGAUGAACAGAAACAACGGCAACAAAAUAUGUGCAUGCCCGAUUUUGAUCCAACAAGAAUGAACCCCUAUGGUAUUUAUGAUCAUCAAAUCAAGAAUCAUAUCUGUCCUAUUUAUCAAUGCCAAAGACGCUUCAAAAGAUUGGAACAUAUGAAACGACAUAUGAGGAUUCACACCUUGGAAAGACCAUUUGCUUGUACGUUUCCCAAUUGCAAUAAGACGUUCUCCAGAAGUGAUAAUCUUAGUCAACAUCAAAAGACACAUUUACGACAA